CAACCUCGGGCCUGCAUGUGCACAUGCGCACAUGUGAAACUGACAUCUUCCAGUAACAGACCUCGAGAAGACAGCUGGUUAAAAUCCUUAUUUGUCAGAAAAGUUGAUCCAAGAAAAGAUGCUCACUCUAAUCUCCUAGCCAAAAAAGAAACAAGCAGUCUAUACAAAUUACAGUUUCACAAUGUCAAGCCGGAAUGCCUAGAAGGAUACAACAGAAUUUGUCAAGAGGUAUUACCAAAGAUUCAUGAAGACAAACAGUACCCUUGUACCUUGGUGGGGACUUGGAACACGUGGUAUGGCGAGCAGGACCAAGCUGUCCACCUCUGGAGGUACGAAGGAGGCUAUCCAGCCCUCACAGAGGUCAUGAAUAAACUCAAAGAAAACCAGGAAUUCGUAAGUUUCCGUAAGGCAAGAAGUGACAUGCUUCUCUCCAGAAAGAAUCAGCUGCUGUUGGAGUUCAGCUUCUGGAAUGAGCCUGUACCGAGGUCAGGACCCAAUAUUUACGAACUCAGGUCUUACCAACUCCGUCCAGGAACCAUGAUUGAAUGGGGCAAUUACUGGGCUCGUGCAAUUCGCUUUAGACAAGACAAUAAUGAGGCAGUUGGGGGAUUCUUCUCUCAGAUUGGGCAGCUAUAUAUGGUGCAUCAUCUUUGGGCUUACAAAGAUCUUCAGACCAGGGAAGACAUACGGAAUGCAGCAUGGCACAAGCACGGCUGGGAGGAGCUGGUGUACUACACAGUCCCACUUAUUCAGGAAAUGGAGUCCAGAAUCAUGAUCCCGCUCAAGACCUCACCCCUCCAGUGAAGCUAGAAAACUUUCAUGUGCCUACAGAUUUAUGUGACGAGUACUUGUCAUAAAUUGAUUUUAACCGUGUAUCCAGUGGAAGAAGAAACACUGAGGUGUAAACUGCUGUACAUAGCUUAUGAAACCACUUUUCUUUAAAUUUACCUAAUCAUGUGAUGGGAACUGAAGACAGCUGGACUAACUGCAGCAGCACUUGAAACAUCUCUUGUCGAAUGUACCUUCCAUCCUUCAGGAAGAGCUUAAAAAUUGAAGCAGGUGUGGUGGCUCAGCACUCGGGAAUCUUAAGGCGAGAGAAUUACAAAUCCUAGGCCAGCCUUGGCUACUAGGCUACAUAAUGAAACCCUGUCUCCAAAAAAAAAAAAAAAGCCUCUGGGUAUGGUGGCAAAUCCCUUUAAUCUCAGCACUC